AUGCCAGCAUUAAACACUAGUUCAACUACCGCUACUACAGGCCCCCUUCCUGAUGGUGUUAUUAUACCUUAUAUUGUUCGUUUCUGGCUUUUUCUCGUCUCAGAUACCCUAUCAGUUACCUGUUGUAUUUUUGUUCUUUUUCAUUUUCUUUCUAAUUCAACUCUUCGCCACAGUCUUCAUAAUCAUGCUAUCAUUAUUGCUCUCUUCUUGUGUCUUAUUCGCGAACUAACAACUGUUCCUUGGGUGAUGCAUUUUUAUCUAUAUGGUGUUGUUUGGAUAAAAUCACCAGCAUACUGUAUGAUUUGGAAAUUUAUUGAUUCUACUGUUUAUACUUCAGUAGCAAAACUUGUAGGAUGGACAUCAGUGGAAAGACAUAUUCUUAUUUUUCAUAGUCAAUGGAUUGCAACAAACAAGAGACGUUAUCUCAUACAUUAUACACCACUAAUAUUGAUUAUUCUAUAUGGUGUAAUACUCUAUGGUAUUACUACUCCAAUGAAUGAUUGUAACAGACCCUUUAUUUACAAUUCAAAUUUAUGUAGUUAUUAUAGUUGUAUAUAUAAUUCUGCGGCAUUUUCUCUCUAUGAGUUUAUGUCGGGUGGCGUACUAUCUUCUUCAUGUAUGGGCUUUGGUAGUAUUUUUCUGGUUAUUCGUAUUGUUUUUCAAAAGCGUCGUUUACAACGUCAGAUACAAUGGCGAAAAUAUCGUAAAAUGACAAUUCAACUUUUAUCUGUUACAUCAAUUUUCUUUGUACUAUAUUUACCUCCUAUACUUUUGGGUAUCGCUAAACAACUUGGUGUUCCAUCUUAUGUAGGUGUGGAUUAUACCAAAUACUCAAACUUCUUUGCUCAUUAUGUUAUCUUUCUUUUCCCAUUUACAUGUCUUGGUACAGUACCCCAUCUUCGCAAGCGGAUGCGUAAGUCUUUUCGAUAUUUUUACCGACGAAAAACACGUACGAUUGCUCCUCAACAAAUAAUGUCAAAUCCUUUGGUGAAUAACGUAAUAAACAAACAGAAAACAACUGCUGUCUAG